UCCCCAGCCGUGCUUGGCAAGGGUUGCGCGGCGUCUGGGCUGGGCUAGCGGACCAGUCCCGGGAUCUCCACGCGCGGGGAGGGCUGCGGGUGGCCCUCCCUGCUUGGUUUCCGCGGAGAAACGGCUGGGGCUUUUGGGCAUCAUGCUUCUGCCCGGUUGGAUCCUGCUCUGGGCGCUGCUGGGCGCGGGAGAAGGGGCGGAGGAGCCCCCCGCAGCAGGCCUUCUCCUCGAGUUUUCCUUGGGGAAGUUCAGGAAUUUCUUGCUGAAUGAAAGCGUCCCAGCUGAAGCUGUCUUGAGGAACAUCGCUGGCAACGUGACGCUCGUCCUCUUUCAGAUCCAUUCCCACUACCGAAAUGUGACCAUCUCCUUUGCGAAGGAACCUUCUCCUAGCAACUCGGGAACUGGAAUAGACCGAGGUUUAGUUUCGGUGCUUCGACCUGAACAGACGGUGUGCACGUGGUAUUUGCGAGCGGUGGGUACGGAUCAGGUGCUGAGCACAGCCGUUUCUUUGCCCUACACCGAAAAAGAUCCAAUACCUGGAGGAUGCAACUUGGAAUUUGAUUUGGAAACGGAUCCCAACCUGUAUCUAGAAUAUAACCUGGCUGAGACCCACAUUAUAUUUGCUCCAGCCAAUCUGGGGUACGCGAGAGGGGCAAACCCACCAUCCUGUGAUUCGGAAACCAGUCUGGAUUCCAGGUGGAGACUCUCUUAUGAUGUCUACCAGUAUUUUUUGCCCGAGAAUGAUUUGUCGGAAGCCACGUUUGUGAGUCAUAUGAGAAGAAUGUCAGAAGUCCAAAGCAUCCAGGCUUACGGAUCUAAAAUGAUGACCUUAACCAGCCAAGACAGAACUGACCUGUACUUCUCAUCACUUCCUGGACAAGGCGUGAUCUACAAUGUCAUCGUGAGAGAUCCGAAGUGGAACACUUCAGCUGCAUACGUGCCCGUUCAUACCUACGCCUGCAGCCUCUCUGCCUUGGUGAAUAACUGCUACACCUUUAGAAGGUUGUCCACCAAAAUAUUUUUCACCAAUUUGGCUUUUCUCGGUCUCUUUAUCUGCUUCUUCGGACACAGAUUCUGGAAAACAGGUUUAUUCUUUAGUGGAUUUAUCUUCACGGCUUUCUUUUUCUUCAUCGUCAUUACUAAAACAUCGGCUCUCAGCUAUGACGCCAAUCUUGGUCUUACUGCAACAGCUGGCAUCAUUGGAGCCCUCCACCUAGUAGGAUGUUGGUGGCUAUUUGGCCUUGUCAUCCCGUGUAUGCUAAUUGUAGGAGUAGUGCUGGGCUUUCUUGUAUCGUCUGCACUUUUCUUCACUCCAGUAGGAGACUAUAGAAUUUUUCAAGACGAUGCUGUUUUCUGGGUCACUUUCUCUUGCGUUGCCUUGGUGAUUCCAGUCAUUUUUGUCUGCUGCCCCAGAGUUCUCAACAUCUUGACGUGCGCGGUUGUUGGUUCCUACACCGUAGUGUUGGCCACAGCAUGUUACAUCUACACCAGCCUCUCUUACAUCGGCAUAGAUCUACUCCGGAGGAUUCUGAAUGAAGACUUCAAGAGAACUUACACCAGUGUGCCCUUCCAACCUAAUGAUAUUAUCCUCCUGGCCGUCUGGACUAUGCUAGCACUCGGAGGAAUCACCGUUCAGCUGCGCCGAGAAAGACACGAGGCUCCUUUCCCGCCACACCCGUAUCGGUUAUGGAAGCGUGAGAGAGAGCGCAGAGUCACCAACGUCUUGGAUCCCAGCCAUCACGUCCCUCCCUUGAGAGAGCGGAUCCACAAUAAGCUGUCCCAGAUCAAGGACCUCUUUCAGAAAGAGCAGGUAGCCGGCGAAAGAACCCCACUACUCUUAUAAAACUGAUUUCACGGAUAGGAAGCAUUGAGAAACGUGGACGGACAACUUUGUGGGACAGGGCACGGAAGACAAGGACUUUCUCAGUGGUUUUUUCCACCUCCAUCGAACUGGAGAAGAAUCUACGAAUUGUCCCAAGACGAAUCUACUUGUGUUCUGUUUUCAACUGCUGUGGCAGCCAAGGAAGUUUUUGUCUAUUAAUUUUAAUCUUUGAUAGGAAAAAAAAAAGUGUAAAGUUAUUGGUGGGGCAGGAAGGGUAGAAUAGAAAGGUAAGAUGAAUAAACCGAGUGUGGAACUUUAAAACUUCAGAGCCCUGAGACAGAAAUUGAUCAUUUCAGAUUCACGGGCUUUUCAGAGUCUCAAAAGGCAACCCCUUUAAGGGGAAAGUUAAGUUUCUGAACAGGAUGUGCAAAGUGUUGGAGAAGGCAAAAAAAAAUUAAUUGUGGCCUUUGUACUCUUAGGGAUUAAUUUGGAUGAUCAGUGCUAGUAAAUAACAGGUUUCGAUUGUCAAGCAGCACUAAAAAUGGAAUUUUCCUUGGAUUGUGUUUACUAGUUGUGUGUGACAAAUGUUUUGACUUUGGGAUAUGGAAGAAGGGGUGGGUUUUCUCAAAGCCUAUAGGAAAAACUCUCCUUUUUUUUUUUUAUAAAAAAAAUAAGCUAGAAAAGUGAAUGAUCUCUGGAAUCAAAUGCUUUUUUUUUAAAAAAAAGAAAGAAUAACCAUGUAAUAUAUCUAAUGAGUUUUAACAGUAGUCCAUUUUCAGAUCGGGAUGCUGUUUGUUUAGAAUUGGCUCUAAAAUAUUUCUCUCUCUCUUUUUUAUAAGAUAAAAAAAAUUAGUACGUUGAAGCAUCUUUUGAUACUCUGGUUGAAAAAAUGUUAAAAAAACAAAACAAAACAGCCCAUGAAGUCAAUUUAUUUCUUACAGUAAGCAGGAGGCAUUAGGUAACCUGCUGUGCAAGGGACAAGAUUGUCUUAAUUCAUGAUUUCAUGCUGUUUCUCUUAUCUCCUGUGGUUUAUAUUCAGCCUUAGGGAAACCAGGUCCUUUUCAAAUUGAACAUACCUAGGUAGGUUAGUUGUGUAGAUCCAAAUCCCCAAUUCCUAAUUAUUUUACCCUGAUUAUUCAGAGAUCAUUUCUGCAAUUUUGGGGACCAAAGAAGUGAUCUAGAGCUAGAGAAACUGCUCAGUUUUAAUUUAUUUUGGAGAAGAAAAAAAAAACCCAUGUAAAUGAUGUUAUAUUCCGACCCUGCUCAGUCGUGGAAAUGUAUUGAGAAAUCCCAUUUUUUAAUUGGGAUUUUUGUGAUGUUUCUAAACUGUGGAGCUAAAUUCCCAAAACUUCUGAAGGUAUGGAGCUUAAAUUUUCCUCAGAUAAAGUUUUCCUUCUUUUUCCUCCAGUUGUGAAUGCUAUUCCUAUAAAUUGAAUAGGCUUACAGAUUUAAUGCUCCCCCCCCCCAGUGCAGAUGGGCAGUGUUUACGAGAUGAUGAAACUUGUUUUUUUAAUCUCCCUUUUCCGUUUUAAAACUAUUUGUUGCUUAGGCUGUUGACUCAUGUUGAAACUCCACGUAAUUGGGAACGGGGAUUGGAAGAAAGUGUCUAAAAAAUGGGUCGAAUGGCACAAAUGCAGUGAUUUUUCCAUCCAGCCAAGAGAUUUAUUUUUCAAGUGAGAAAAUAAGUGCCUAGCUGAACCAGCCAGGCCUGUUAUAUCUACUGUUGAAGGGAUACGUGAUACGCCUUCUAUUUUUCUUGGUGCAGAAAAGAAGCAAUUUAUUGCUUUGCUAACUCACCCUUUUUGUCCACAGAGGUGGCAGAUAAGAGGCUGCAGAACAGACUGUGCUGCAGCUGUAUUGUACGUGUCAGAUAGUCCUGAAAAAAAAUGAAAAUUUUCAGACCGCUUAUCUUAAGUUGUGUCUUUCUACUGCCUUAUGGUUUGAAACGGUUCAGCGGAUAGCAGUGACGGUUGGCAGUUUUUGAAAAUCUAAAGCCAUUCUGGUAUUUGACCUUCAAAAAGUGUAAACCUGAAAUCAUUGUAAAUGCGAGCAGUAGAUUUAAUAAAGGGGUAUGUCCCUAAUCUGUAGCAGCUAUUCAUAGGUCAGCUGCAUUUUAAGGUUCAAAAGUGAAGAUAAUCAACCUGCCUCCAGGCAGUUUCAUAUUGCAGGCUACUUUUUAGCGCCCAGAUGAAUUGCCACGUCUGAUGGCAUGGUACUCAGGAAUCAAACAAUUAGCUAUUUUUAACGUGCUAUAAUUGACAAUACAACGAACAAAACAAAGUCACCCAAUCCUUUUAUAAUAAACGUUCAGUUUAAAAUGGAA